AUGCCACCUCCACCCCGACGUAGUCGUCGAGCAGCUCCAGCUCCAGGCCCAGCAAGCCAAGAUGCUCCGCCGCCGCCGCCGCCGCCCUCCUCCUCUUCUCAAGCGCAAGUUGACCAGCUGACCUCCAGCAGCGCAGCAUCUGCAUCCACUCCCGCCAUCAACAUCAACAUUCACGCCGACAGCGAUGCGCGCACCGCUUCCCCCGCCUUUUCCAGCCCACAACCAGCAGCAGCAGCAGCAUCAGCAGUGUCCCUCUCAAAUACUCGCGCCGCUUCUUCUUCCUCUUCUUCCACCGCUCUCGCACCCAACGCCAGCGCAUCAUCAGGCACAACGACUGCAACCUCACCCUCACCUGCACCUAGCCAGUCUCGUUCAACCACAGCCAGCAUGGUCCCUCUCCCUAGAAACUUUGGCGCUCCCAGCAGCAGCAGCAGCAGCGGCGCGAGACCCACACCGUCGGGACAAAAGAUGAUCUUUAAACCAGUCAUGCCAGUCAGGCGCAAACCUGCCCCAGAGUGAGCAUACAUGCGCAGACGCAUCGUGCAGCACCAGCGGGGUGAAUGGCACGGCACUGACCAAGCCCGUUUUUGCUCUCGCUGCAGACCGGUGGUGAAACAAGUGGGUCCGAAUAUGCUCGGUGUGCCACUGAGCCGCGUGUGCUUGCAUGUGCGCUGAAAAAUUUCUUCCGGUGUUCGCCUUUGCAGGAAGCUUCUUCGUCCGGCUCGAAUACUGGAGGGCCUUCAUUCGGUCGAGGACGAGGACGAGGAGGAACAGGGUACGCCUCGGGUCGAGUAGGGGGAGGAGGUGGUGGAGGAGGAGGCGGUGGUGGUGGUCGCGGAAGAGGGCGAGGCGGACCUGGCGGAUCCGCACCUCGCUUCGUUCCUCCCGAAAUGGUAGCCACUGGGCCUUUUGCACUGGGUACGGGCGCGAUCGGCAGAUCAUCAUCCAACAGACGUCCGGUCUCCAGCGGUUAUUCGUUUGGAGCAGGAGCGGGAGCAGGAUCGAGCGGAACUGCGCCGGGCCAAGGAUUGAAAUCGGAGGGGUCUCAAAGGUACAGAGAUCCGGACCAGCUGAAGGAUAGGGAAGAGUAUAGCGAUGCUGAGGAUGGAGGAGUGGAGAUCAUAGAUAUGGACGAGGUUCACUCGUUGGACUCUUCGGCCCCUAGAGCGCUACCCAGGAUGAAGGAAAAGGAAGAGAGGGCAAAGAGGUUGGCCAAGAAGAGGGAGGAGAAGGCUAAGCGGGAAAAGGCGGACGAGUCGAAGACCAGCGACGGCAAGGGGAGCAAGAAUGUCAAAGGAGCGGCAGGGGCAGGCGGAGAUGAGGAGAUGGGUAGCGGCACGUCUACGCCAGCAUCUGGCGGAUCCCUCGGCAUCAAACCUGAUCCUGCAGAUGAAGAGGCGGAGGCGGCCAAGGCUGCUGCGGAAGAUUCGGCGCGUGUAGAGGAGGAGGAGGACGAGACGGCGGCUGCUAAUGCUCUGGAUCUCAGCGCCAGCGAGGACGAAGAGACUCCAGACGAUCUGCUAGACGAUUUUCUGCCUCUGGACGAUAUGGACGAAGGCGAUGUGAGUGGGAGCAAGCGUGCGAGCAGCGCGAGCAGCGCGCGCAUCCUAAAUGCGUUUCAUCGCCAGUGGGUGGGGCACUUUCGGGACGUUGCGUGCCGCUGAGCUGAUUUCUUUGGCACGAUUUCCUGACUCUCUUUGCCCUGCUCAAAUGAUACAGGGUCCCGAAAAUCGUCUGUACCUCUUUCAAUUUCCCACCCUCUUGCCAGCCUUUGUGCCUGCUUCGGGCGCGGGCGCGGACGAGGAGACGAGCGGCGCAACGACGCACGGUCCUUUGAGCGCGAACGCGAGCAAGACGAAGCGAGCAGUCUCUUUUGCGGAUGGAGGGGACAAGGAGAUCAAGAAGGAAAAGGGCGGCAGCACGUCCAACGGACUGAAUGGCGAUUCUGAGGAGGAUAAAGGUAGGCGGGUGAAUGGAUCGGGCAAUGCAAGGGGAAUGGUCGAGGGACAAGCGGGAAAGUUGGAUGUGUACAAGGAUGGACGCGUCAUGUUCAGGUAUGGAAAGGUGGUGAUGGAGGUGACGGGAGGAAGUCAGAGCACCUUUUUGCAGCACGUCAUGGUGCUGGAUGCGGCCAAGGAGAGCGCAGUGACGCUGGGCGAGCUGCAUCGCAAAUUCGUCGUUACGCCGGAAUUGGAGAGCAUGCUGAAGGAUGUGUCGUUGGCGGAGGAGGAGGAUAGACGGGCCAAGGAGGAGGAGCAGGAGCUGGAGGAUGGGGACUAG